AUGAUCUAUUUCUACUAUGCCACAAUCUUUGAGACUAUUGACAAGUGGCUUGGAUUGGACUCUAUUGUGGGGUUUUUCAAUGCUGUUUUGUUUUCUCUCCUCACCGCCAUGACUAUGCUCACUUAUAUCAUGGGUAUUAUGAGUGAUCCGGGAACUGUGCCUCUACGCUACAAAGACCUAGAGAACCCUGAUAUCUCUCUGCACGAAGGCAAGAAGAAUGGAGAGUCAAGAUUUUGCAUGAAGUGCUCUCGCUAUAGGCCCCCUCGUGCGCAUCACUGUAGCAUUUGCAACAAAUGUAUUUUGAGGAUGGACCAUCACUGUAUUUGGCUGAGCAACUGUGUGGGGCAUCGAAACUAUAAGAUUUUCAUUCUGGUGGUUAUGUAUGCAGUAGCAACUUGCUGCCAUGCAACUAUCCUUCUGAUAUGUGCUGCACGUGAUGUUUUCAAGACUCAACAACAAACCGGUGAAGCAUACAAGAUUUCACAUAUUACAUGUGGCGCUUUGCUAUUUCCCCUUACGCUUGUAUUAACCAUGCUCUUUCUCUGGCAUAUAUACCUUGCCCUCCACAACAAGACUACAAUAGAGCACGCACAAGGAGUGAGAGAACGUUCUCUCUUGGACGGAGUUGCAGAUGCACAUCGCCAUCCUUAUGACCUUGGGGCAUAUGAGAACUUUUCAUUGUUGUUUGGGAGAAAUGCAGCAUGUUGGAUAUGCCCAACAAAGGUGGAUAAUGGCUCUGGUCUUCAUUUCCGGACUACUCUUGAUGGCACCAACUCGGCAUCAUCAUCAUCAAGCAUGUAG